AUGAGGUUACCGACAUCCUCCUCCUCUUCUGCUGUGACACGAGUGCUGUCUCGUUCACAAGCAAUUCAGGUUCGCCCUGUGUCCACAGCAUCAACGCCUCCCCUCAAAGCAUCCCUGCCAAGACAAUCUGCACCUGCGCCUCGAUCCUUGUCUGAUCUGGCUGCUGCAAAGCCUGGAUCCAAUCUCUCGUCGGCACUGAAUGCUGCACGACAGUCGCAACUCAAGCGCAACACCUCUUUGGCACGGUCCGUAUCCUCUUCAGUAUCCGUGUCUGCCCCUAUCGCAAGCCCCGUGUCAUCUUCAACAGCAGCAUCUCCCUACGCAUCACCGUUGCCCAGCUCAGAACUUAUCAAUGUUACGACAUUGCCCAACCGCGUUCGCGUAGCAACAGAAGCAACACCAGGUCACUUCAGCGCUGUAGGCGUCUAUAUUGAUGCCGGCUCUCGAUACGAACGUCCCUGGGUCGCCGGCGAGUCGGGCUCUUCGCAUCUCUUGGACCGACUCGCCUUCAAAUCGACCACCAACCGCUCUUCACAGCAGAUGACCUCCGAGAUCGAGGCGCUAGGCGGAAACGUCAUGUGCUCAUCGUCUCGCGAGACCAUUAUGUACCAGUCCAGCGUCUUCAACAAGGACGUACCCGCUGUUCUCUCAAUUCUUGCCGACACCAUCCUCAACCCCCUCCUCAGCCCGGAAGAGCUCGACGUACAGAGGGAAGCAGCAGCCUACGAAAUCCAAGAAAUUUGGAGCAAGCCCGAGAUGAUCUUGCCCGAGCUUCUGCAUACGACCGCAUACCAGGGCAACACACUGGGCAACCCUUUGCUCUGCCCCAUUGAGAGCCUCAAGCAGAUGACAGCCGACAACCUGCGCAACUUCAUGUCCACCUGGUACAGGCCCGAAAGGAUCGUUGUCGCCGGUAGCGGCAUGCCUCAUGAGCAACUCGUCGAGUUGUCGGAGAAGCUUUUUAGCGAUCUUAAGCCCACCUCCGAUUCCGCUCCUCUUGGCUCCGCCUCUUCCUCGCUCUCGAGCUCGCCAUCAUCAUCGUCUUCAGCAUCAUCAUCGUCUUCGUCCCGCUCCUCGUUGUCAUCAUCGCUCUUUUCCCGUUCAUCGUCUAACUUCUCGACAUCUUCAUCUUCGUCAGCAACACCCACCUCCACUGAACGUGCCGACAUCGUCUCCACACCAUCACACUACACCGGCGGCGAGCUCUACAUUCCGCAAAAGGACCUCGAAUUCACCCACGUCUACGUCGCUUUCGAAGGCCUCAGUAUCCAUGAUGACGACAUCUAUGCCCUCGCCACGCUCCAAAUCCUCCUCGGAGGCGGUGGAAGCUUCAGUGCCGGCGGUCCGGGCAAAGGCAUGUACUCUCGCCUCUACACCAACGUUCUCAACCAGCACCACAGCGUCGAUUACUGUGCCGCCUUCCACCACUGCUACUCCGAUUCUGGCCUUUUCGGCAUCUCUGCUUCAGUCCACCCUAGCUUCAACGCCAGCAUUGUCCACGUCAUUGCUCGUGAACUUGAGCUUUGCACCAGCUCCAUCUACCAAGGCUCCGUAACCCAGGCCGAGCUCAACAGGGCUAAGAACCAGCUCAAGAGCUCGCUUGUCAUGGCACUUGAGUCGAGGUUGGUCGAAGUCGAGGAUUUGGGUAGGCAGAUUCAGGCGCAUGGCAACAAGGUGUCGGUGGAGGAGAUGUGUCAGAAGAUCGACCAGGUGGAUCUGAGGACGUUGAACAGGGUGGCGACUCGUGUCCUUAGGCCGCAGAAGAUGUCCCUUUCGACCGGUAACAAGUCUCCACGCGGAUCUGGGCAGGCGACUGUAGUAGCACAGGGGCAGUUGGAGGGUUUGGGUGAUGUGCGUGAUUUGCUUGCCAGACGAGGUCUUGGUGUCUCGCCGAAGCAAGCGUCGUAG